UGAAGCUCGGCUGUCUUGCGGCCGAAGUCACCGGGAAAUUCCUUCGCCGGCCGGAGCUGAAGGGAACCUUUGAGUGAAACCUCUUUAAAGAUCUUCUACGCAGGAGAGAAAGCUCGACGUCGGGCAUGGAGAGGCUACAGCGGAUGUUCGCCGGCGCUGGAGGAGGGUUGGCCACCCCGCCGCUGGAAGCCCCGGCCAUCGACACCUCCGAGCAGGUCUACAUCUCUUCCCUCGCCCUCCUCAAGAUGCUCAAGCACGGCAGAGCUGGCGUUCCGAUGGAGGUGAUGGGACUGAUGCUGGGGGAGUUUGUGGACGAGUACACCGUCCGUGUUGUGGAUGUGUUUGCAAUGCCACAGAGUGGAACAGGGGUUAGUGUCGAGGCUGUUGAUCAUGUCUUCCAGACUAAUAUGCUUGACAUGCUCAAACAGACUGGAAGACCUGAGAUGGUGGUGGGUUGGUACCAUUCUCAUCCUGGAUUUGGCUGCUGGCUUUCUGGGGUGGACAUAAACACUCAACAGAGCUUCGAGGCCUUGAAUCAACGAGCAGUUGCUGUGGUUGUGGAUCCCAUUCAGAGCGUUAAAGGGAAAGUGGUGAUUGAUGCCUUCCGCUUGAUCAACCCCCAAACCAUGAUGCUCGGGCAAGAACCUAGGCAAACCACAUCCAACCUUGGACAUCUCAACAAACCAUCUAUUCAAGCUUUGAUCCAUGGAUUGAACAGACACUAUUACUCAAUUGCCAUUAACUACAGAAAGAAUGAACUCGAGGAAAAGAUGCUGCUCAACCUUCACAAGAAGAAAUGGACUGAUGGGCUUACUCUUCGUCGAUUUGAUACUCACUCGAAAACUAAUGAGCAGACUGUUCAGGAAAUGCUGAGUUUGGCAGCCAAAUACAACAAGGCAGUGCAAGAGGAAGACGAGCUGCCUCCUGAGAAGCUGGCUAUCUUGAAUGUGGGAAGGCAAGAUGCAAAGAAGCAUCUUGAGGAACAUGUCUCCAACCUGAUGUCCUCCAACAUAGUUCAGACCUUAGGUACUAUGCUCGAUACAGUAGUGUUCUGAAGUCCUCCUCUCGCGACCUUGUGUUUCUGUUGAUGUCUUUCUUUAACAGAAACAAUUUGGGCAAUAAGUUCCGAGACAAUGCCAUAGGACAUCUUGUUUGUUUCUCUCUUUCAGCGAGGCGUUCACGUUGUGCAUUUGAAAGGCUUUUAUUGUUCUUGUCUGCUUCACGUAACUACUCAAUCAUCUCUUUUAUAUAAUUCUGGGAUCUCUCUCCGUC